CUACCGCAACCUCCGCCCUUGGCUUCCCUGCAGAACGCAGCUGAUAGUGCGCAAGCGGAGACCUGGCUAAACACGUUCAAGGCUCAAGCUAUCCCAAAGGAUGUGGUGGAGUUUUCAUUUUCCCGCAGCUCGGGACCUGGCGGCCAGAACGUGAACAAAGUCAACACUAAGGCGACAUUACGAUGCUCGCUUGACGCUACAUGGAUCCCACAAUGGGCCAAGGAGGCUUUAAAGCAGAGUCCUGCAUAUGUGUCUUCAAACCGAAAGAUCAUGAUCACGUCGACAGUGUAUCGAUCUCAAGCACAAAACAUACAGGACUGUCUCCUGAAGCUUCAUAACCUCAUACUUUCCACUGCAUCUGCGUUCCUCGUAAAAGAGCCUUCAAAAGAACAAAAGGCACGGGUCCGGAAUUUGCAACGCGUGGAGAAGGCGAAUCGGAAGGCUGGAAAAUCGUACCGCAGCCAGGUCAAACGUGGUCGAUCCAGUCGAGAUUGG